AUGCUCGAAAACCACCAUCUAGAAUUCAUAAAACAGACAAUGUUGAAGCAUGAAGAUACUUUUAGACAUCAGGUACGGGAGCUUCAUAGGAUAUAUAACGUUCAAAAGAGUCUGAUGGGGACCUUGAGAAACGAUAUUAGAAGAAAUACUGACUGCCAACGGGCUACUUUGGAUACUAACAGUCAUGAUAAAAGAGUAGGGUUUGAUCUUUCAAGAUCUGCCAUGGAAGAUACGUCAUGUGGAGACAGUAGUGGUAUUCACGAUGACAAAACAGGGCCUAACGAUGUAGAACUGACGUUAAGUAUCGGGCCUAGCGCUAGUAAGAGAUUAUCAGAAAACCGUCUGCAUCAAACCGGAGGCAGCGACUCUAAGACCAAGAUGAAAACGAAUGUAUUGAAUUCAAGUACAUUGUACAAUGAAGAUAAAAAGAGACCACAUUGGCUUUUUCAAGAUCUAAGUUUAAAUCGAACAUAGCGGAAU